AUAACUCACUUUGAUCUCACUCCUCUCAAUUUCGCUCCCUUUUCUUUUUCCUUUUGCUUCAUCAAAAUAAACAAACCCCAUUAAUUUAGUCACUGCAAAUCUUGUAAAACUGUAGUGGGGAGUUGAAUUUGGGUGGCUCAAGAUUCUCUUGGUUACAACCACUAUUCUUGGUUCUAUUGCAUUCAUGUCUACUGAUAUUCGAUAAAUUUUUCGCCUUUACAGCAAGCCCUUCUAGAUUUAUUGUUCUUGAAUAUAAUGGUUGUAAUAUAUGUAAAUGAUCUUGGUACUGAUAGUUAAGUUUUAGCGGUAAAGGGUUGGUGGUGCUUUGUGGUUUUAGUUGGUGAUACUUGUUAAGUUAUAUUUACAUUGUUAGUUUAGUUCUUGAUUAGCCAUUGGGUAGAAGAAAUAUAUAGUUUGUGAAUUGUGAUACAUAUGGGAAGAUUAUCAAAUCGAGUACUUUGUGUGGAGAUUGAUCUUUUAGGAUCGGUGUUUUCCUUGUGUUGGUGUUAGGGUAUAGGGUUUUAGGUUUUGGGUGGAAUGGGGAUGGAUGGUUUAUUGCUUCCCACGGUAGGACCACCAAUUAAGAGGAGAGCUGGGCUGCGGAGGAAGCAAGCAGGAAGAGGUUCUUACAGGGGUAGCUAGAAAAUUUGGAGCCUGAGAAUAUUUGCGGGGUUUAAUUAAUCUAACCUGGUGGAGCAAUUUUUAAGUAGGUGGGUGUUAAGGUUUCUUGAUUUUUGGAUAAAAUGGGUAGUCAGUUACGCCAAGCACUCAAGAGUUUGUGUUUCGACACUUGCUGGAAUUACGCCGUCUUUUGGAAAUUUGAGCAUCAAGCCCAAAUGGUGUUGACAUGGGAAGAUGGUUACUAUGAAAACCAUGAGCAACCCGAUGCUUCAAAGAAACUAGCCGGCUAUUCAUAUGAUGGACAAUCUUCGCGUGACUCUCUUGGGUUAGCUGUUGCAAAGAUGUCACUUCAUGUAUACUCACUUGGGGAAGGGAUUGUCGGAAAGGUUGCUAUAACUGGCAAGCAUAUGUGGAUUUCAACAGAUAAGCAUGUACUUGAUUCCUGCUCCUUGUUAGAGUAUUCUGAUGGAUUGCUUCCUCAGUUUUCAUCUGGGAUUAGGACUAUUGCUGUUGUGCCUGUUGUUCCUCAUGGAGUUGUACAGCUUGGCUCUUUAGAUAUUAUCGCUGAAGACCUGAUGCUGGUCAAUCACAUCAAAGAUAAUUUUUUGGAUUUUCAAGCUUCUUUAUCAGGACAUUGUAGUAAUAUAGACAGUUCGUCAUGCCUGUCAAGCAUAUCCUCUAGAACUUCAGUGUCGCGAAAUUAUCGUCAUCUAAUGAGCAAUGCUGACAAAAUUGUGAAAAACGAUAAAGGAAAUAUGUGGUGUCCUGUGGUUGCAUCUCUUGAAAGGCCUCCUCAACGUUCUUAUACUGUUCCAGCAGCUGAAGUUUAUUCCAGGAAGAUGGUGUCGACUGUCAACAAUGACGAGCCUGAAUAUACAGUUUCGGGUGUUGGUGAGAGUUCAUCAGUACUUCCAAUUGCAUCCAUGGAUAGGCAAACACAAGUAGAUGGACAGUUGACAAGUGAGAAGAAGUCUGAUGGACACACUACUGGCAUUAGGGGUGUGGGAGUGGUAUCUAAAUCUGAAGACAAUGAUACUCCAUCUCUAUCUAAUAACUGUAAUAACAAAUGUAAUUUCUAUAAUACUGCACUUGCUACUGGUAAUAAUGGGGCAAGCAUGUCAUGCCUGCCUUCAGCUUUCCAAGACACUGGAACAGGCAAUUAUUGUGGGUCAUUCGGUGCACAUGAUUUUUCACAAGAGUCUCGAGCAUCUUCAGUAAAGACAUCAGAGUUGAAGGCAAAAACUAAUCAUAUGGACACUUGUAAGACGUGUUUUCAGUUUACUGCUGGCUGUGAGUUGUUUGAAGCACUAGGGCCAUCGUUUAAGAAACAAUAUACUGAUCUUGAAUGGGAGACGGAUAAGACUGAAAAUGGAGCACUUGUUCAGAUAUCUGAAGGAAGAACGAGCAGCGGUAACCUUUUGAUGAUAAACAAUGGUACAGAGCAUCUUCUAGAAGCAGUGGUGGCCAAUGUUUGCCAAAGUGUCUCAGACGUUAAAUGUGUAAAUCCCAAGUUGGGUACAGCGGAGUCACUAUUGACGAUUGAUAAAUUAUUGGAGCCUUGCAGUAGUGAUAACCAUACUAUUGGUUCAGCAAAUUACUCAUAUGAUCGAUCUUCACUUGUUGAAGAUUGCUUGGCCUUCUCUGAGGUAUAUGGUGACAAGUCAUCAAAAGGAAUCUCAUCGGCUAGUCCUAGUGCAUGUAGCGAACAGUUAGAGAGGCCUCAAGAACUUACAAAGAUGAACAAAAAGAGGGCUAGACCUGGAGAAAAUUGCAGGCCUAGGCCAAGGGACAGACAAUUAAUCCAAGAUCGCAUUAAGGAGCUUCGUGAACUUGUACCAAAUGGGUCAAAGUGCAGUAUUGAUUCUCUUCUGGAGCGAACUAUUAAGCACAUGCUCUUUUUGCAAUGUACCACCAAGCAUGCUGACAAGCUACAGAAAUGUGCUGAAUCAAAAUUGAUUGACAAGGAAACUGGUGUACAUGUCUCCUCUAACAAUGAGCUGGGUUCAAGUUGGGCAAUGGAAGUAGAAAGUCACUUGAGAGUUUUUCCAAUAAUGAUAGAGAAUAUGAACUUGAGUGGGCAAAUGUUGAUAGAGAUGCUGUGUGAGAACUGCAGUCGGUUUUUCGAGAUUGCGGAGGCAAUCAGGAGCUUGGGUAUGACAAUUCUAAAAGGUUCUACAGAAGCCUGUGGUGGGAAAAUAUGGAUAUGUUUUGUUGCUGAGGGACUGAACAAUAGGAAUGUUCACCGGAUGGAUAUAUUAUGGUCACUUGUGCAAAUAUUGCAACCAAAGACCGACGUUUAGGUGCUGCAAUAGAUACUUUGCUAUUAUUAUAUAGAAGAAAAGUUGUUUGAGCAGCUGAAGUCAGUACCGACACAUACAGCUUGGUAAAGAUCACAAUCUGGUUCGUAAAGGUCCUUUUUAAAUCCAAUUCUUGAAAUGUGUUUGAGUUGUGAUUAAUUGUGUUCGGUUGAGAAUUUGUGUUGAUUAGCUUACCAUGUGUUAGUCAGCUCGUCUCUACAAGACAUGUAUAGAUAUGAAGUGGUUUGCCAUCAUUAUGCUGCUGCUACAAGUGGAUAUGACAUGCAGUUGCUGAUUUGUUUUUGUUUUUCUUUUCUGUAAUAUAAUCUUAACUUUGGCCUGAGGAAUACUUUGUUAUGAUUUGGUGAUUUACGCU